AUGGCAGACACAACUAUCGCAUUCCCCUCGAAGCCACGCAUCUUCAUCCUAACGGACAUCACCAACGAACCCGACGAUGCGGAAUCCUUCUGUCGAUACCUGACGUACGCCAACCAGUUUAACACUGAAGGCAUCGUGGCUGUAACUUCAGUAUGGCUCAGGAACAAAGUGGCACCAGAGAAUCUGCACGAAAUUAUCGAUGCGUAUGAGAAGGUUGUAGAUAAUCUGAAUGCCCACGUCCAUCCUGAGUCUCUUUAUCCUUCGGCAGAAUACAUCAGAAGUAUUGUUCGUUCAGGGCCUCCAAUGUAUGGAAUGGCUGCAGUUGGCGACGAUAUCCCGCUGAGUGAUGGUGCCCAAUUACUUCUAGAACGGCUAUUGGCAAAAGACAGCGACCCUCUUUGGGUGUUGAUCUGGGGAGGCAGUAAUGUCCUUGCUCAAGUCUUACACCAUAUACGCCAUAGAGAUGAUGCUGAACAGCUUAGAGCAAAGCUGCGAGUGUAUACCAUCUCUGAUCAAGAUGAUACCGGGGCUUGGAUGAGGCGAUUGUGGCCUGACAUCUUUUAUAUCUGUUCCGUACAUGGAUGGAAUCAAUACAGCCAAGCAACUUGGACAGGCAUAUCCGGAGAUACGCCUGGUGAGCAAGGAGGCCCCGAUACUUCAAAAAUCACUAAGGAGUGGAUCAAAGAGAAUAUUCAAGUCGGGCCCCUAGGAGCAGCGUACCCUGAUUACAUGUACAUUGUCGAGGGAGAUACGCCUACGUUUCUAUACAUGAUACAAAAUGGCUUGGGACUUCCAGAGCAGCCAUCUUACGGCUCCUGGGGAGGUCGCUAUCUCCCUGUCGAUCUUACUUUCCCUAGAGGCCAUUUUGGUGACACUGCCGAUGAAGUCGUUGGAAAGAAUGGCCAGACAUAUAUAUCGAACCGGGCAACGAUUUGGCGCUGGAGAAAUGCCUUUCAAGACGACUUCGCUGCUCGAAUGCAGUGGACUUUGACCAAUGACUUCACUAAAGCAAAUCAUCACCCUAUCAUUUCCAUCAAUGGGAAUCAAGGAUUAAGUCCAAUCUAUGUUGAGGCUGACGCUGGUUCUUCAUUGGUUUUUGAUGCAUCCGAAACCUUUGAUCCUGAUGGAGAUACUUUAUCUUUCAAGUGGUUCCAGUACCAUGAGCCAAGUGCUACUCGGACGUAUCAUAGUUGGGAGGUGCCUAAGAUGGAGAUCAAAGUGCUUGACUCGGCUGGAACGAAGGUGGAAAUAACAGUGCCGAAAGCCGAUGCUGACCCCAGGCUGGCUCCUAUUCCUGCGCGUGGCGAAUUUCUUCAUCUCAUUCUUGAGGUUCAGGACAGCGGAUCACCUCCUUUGACUAGUUACCGUAGGAUUCUCAUUACACCGCUUAAUAAAGUAUAG